AUGGAGAACCUCAGUGAGCUCCAGAACCCGUUGUUGGACAAAAACAGUAAGCACAUGGUGAACGGUUAUGGGGGAGACUUCCCUAAUAACCAGUACCAGGAAAACAUUAUUAAUUAUUUUGCUGGAGGAGGAGGCGGUGGUGGAGGUGAGGGCGGAGGAGGAGGUGGAGGAAAGGUAAAUAACAGCAACGUGGUAAGCGGAGGAGGAUACAAUACCAACGGGAAGGUGAAAUCUCAACAACUUUUGGACGCCACCUCGCUGCAUCUGGCAGUAGAGGCCUUCUACAGGCCCAACUUCAUUCUAUACAAGGAGGACAGCGGCAGCAUCAAGGCUAAGGAAUACAAAAGUGAGUGCUGUGAGACCACCUUCACGGAGAAGAAGGCGAAGGAGGCAUCCAACACAGCAGGGGCAGACACGCCUGGCACAGAGGAUCCUCAGGCGAAGUUGCUGGAGGACGGCGAACACAUCAAGAUCCAAACAGUUUCCUACGAGGUGGAGGAGGAGGAGUACGUGGAGUAUGAGACGGAUUGCUCCAGUGACAGUGAGAGCGAGGACAACUUCAUUGUCGUCCCUCCACGAGACCACCUUGGCCUGGCCAUCUUCUCGAUGCUCUGCUGUUUCUGGCCUCUGGGGAUUGCAGCAUUUUACUUCUCACAGGGGACCACCAAGGCAGUGAACAAAGGUGACUUCCCACUGGCCAACAUCGCCUCCCGACGGGCUUUGUUCCUCGCUGCCCUCUCCAUCACUAUAGGCACCGGUGUGUAUGUGGGGGUAGUGGUAGCUCUCAUUGCAUACCUUUCUAAACCAGGACACAUAUAG